AUGGCCCAUGAGGUGAAUACAUAUUGGAAAAAUGUUCUCACUAUCGUGCCUAUUGUAGGGGCUGGUAUGGCUACUAUCAUCUAUCUGUUACGUCUCUAUUGCAGACGAAUGAAAGCUGUGAGUCUUCAACUGGAAGAUUAUCUAAUGGGAGUUGGUCUAAUCCUCUCCUAUGGGGUUACAGCUUCUGUACUAUUUACCGCCUUCAAUGGUGUCGGCCUACCAAUCAAGUCGCUCCCCAAAUAUGAGCGGAAGAAUAUUCAAUUCGGGACAUGGAUGAUACAGAAGUUCUGGCCCCCAUCAAUGGCCUUUGUCAAGAUCUCGAUCGUCGUCUUUAUCAAACAACUGUUUGGCUUGAUCCGUGCAUACGUUAUUCUUUCUAACUGCCUGAUUGGAUUUAUCGCCACGUGGGCUCUCGCUGGCCUGUUGGUUAAUAUCUUCCAAUGCAUACCGGUACAAUACUACUACAAUAAAGACCUUGAAGGACACUGUAUGGGAGGACAAGUUCAAUUCUUCCAAACCAUGGGCUCGAUCGCAUUGAUUGAAGAUGUUGCCAUUCUCUGCCUACCAAUCCCUGUAUUUUGGAAGUUACAGAUCAACAAUCGACAGAAAAUAACAUUAAUCCUGGUGUUUUCCUUAGGUGGAGUUGUUUGUAUCUUUAGUCUGAUGCGCCUGAUUGAAUUCCGCCAAUUCCAGGUCACUGACCUUGCGGUUUCAAGCGCCAAAGAGUCCAUCUGGACUUGCCUCGAAUUGGAUGUGGCCGUGAUUUGCGGGUGCCUCCCGUUUCUUAACCCACUCGUGAAAGGCGUCCGUAGCAAAGUGAGGAGUGAUGCCUCAAAAUAUCAUUCCCAGCCUUCUACUGGAUCCAACUUCCAUUCACACACGCGGGGAAACAAAGCUAAUUCUCGAGAGCAUCAUAGUGGCUGUGGAGCAAUAGUAAAUUCAAAUAGCCGCGAAGCUAUGGUUGCAGCAAGUUGGCAGAGCUCAGAUAUCGAGAAUAAUAGGCAAAAUGUGGACAGUGACAUGAGUACAUAG